CUGGCGCGCCUGCGCAGAAGCGGUACCCGCGGACGGGAGCGUGUUGAGGGGGACGCGGAGGUCCUGGGCUCCCGGAUCGAGGUAUAUCUCCAUGAAUAACCUCAAUGAUCCCCCAAACUGGAAUAUCCGGCCUAAUUCCAGGGCGGAUGGUGGUGAUGGAAGCAGAUGGAAUUAUGCCCUGUUGGUUCCAAUGCUGGGACUGGCUGCUUUUCGUUGGAUUUGGUCUAGGGAAUCCCAGAAAGAAAUAGAAAAAGAGAGAGAAGCCUGCCGUCAGAGAACUACUGCUUUUCAACAGGAUCUGGAAGCCAAGUACCAUGCCAUGAUCUCAGAAAAUCGGCGUGCUGUUGCUCAGUUGUCCCUGGAACUCGAAAAGGAACAGAACAGAACAGCUAGUUAUCGAGAAGCCCUUAUCUCUCAGGGGCGCAAGUUGGUAGAAGAGAAGAAACUUCUGGAACAGGAACGGGCCCAGGUGAUGCAAGAAAAAAGGCAGGUGCAGCCUUUGAGAAAUGCGUAUUUGAGCUGCCUGCAAAAGGAAGAAAACUGGCAAAGGAGAGCCAGGCUUUUGCUGAAAGAGUUUGAAGCUGUUCUCACGGAAAGACAGAACAUCUACUGUAGUCUGUUUCUUCCUCGCAGCAAGCGGCUGGAGCUAGAGAAGAGCUUACUGGUGCGAGCGUCCGUCGACCCCGUUGCCGCGGACCUAGAGAUGGCAGCCGGUCUCACCGACAUAUUUCAGCACGAUACAUACUGUGGUGAAGUCUGGAACACCAACAAACGCCAGAAUGGCAGACUCAUGUGGCUCUAUCUCAGAUACUGGGAACUAGUUGUGGAACUAAAGAAGUUUAAGAGAGUAGAGGAAGCCAUACUAGAAAAGUAAGACAAGGAUGAAAUAAAACUGCUUUUAGUGACACGAGGCCAGGCAGUCAUGAGCCUUCUGGGCCUCUGGCGUCGUCUGUCCCUUGCUGCCUGUGCCAUGGCCACACCGCCACCCUUCAGCAGCGACCUCCACUCCCGCCACCCUCGGAGCAGAAGUGCCCGAAGCCUCAGAGACAGAGGGUUUCCUCCUGACGCUCUGCAGCUGCUGGGGAUGUGGUUUCCCUGAAGCAUUUGUAAGCUGCCCGUAUUGUAUCAAGCAGAACAGUGUAACCUCGUAUUUUAGCUCCAGGGUAAAAAUGGUUUUUUAAAAAGUCAAAUACAAUACGGGUCCUUACCACAAGUACUUUUCUGUGUUUCAUCACUCCCUAAAUACCUUCUCCUCAAAUUAUUUUUCUCUCACCAGAUUACAUUAAGAAUUUGUCAGAUAAUGUGUAGAACUGCAUAACAGAUGAUAAUAGAAAGUAGUAAUAUUAUAUUAUCAAGGUUUUUUAUUUUAAAGAUCUCUUUCCCAUAAAGGGGAAGAAAACACCAAGAGUU